AAAACAAGAUACAUACAGACAGACAGGAGGGUGCCCACCUACCCUCCCUCCUUGUCAGCACUCCACGCCAAGCCCACUGCCAACAUCGAGAGUGCUGAUGUACCACAGAGAUUGAAACAUCAAGUCCUAGUAGCGCCACUACCUCCGCGAUCUCCCCGGCCCCGCUCUGUCACCACCCCAGUCUGGCCUCGCCGGGACUCCGCCUCCAGUCUCGCCCCUUCGCUGGCUUGUUGCCGGAAGCGCCGCCGUCUGGUAGCCAUGGCCGGGCUGGACUUGGAGGAGAAGCUGAGUUGCGCCAUCUGUCUGGAACUCUUCACCGAGCCGGUGACCGCGCCGUGCGGCCAUAGUUUCUGCCGGCGCUGCCUGUCUGAUUACCUGGACCGGCAACAGCUGCCCACCUGCCCGGCCUGCCGGGCGACGUUCGAGCGGCGGCCCGAGCCCCUCGCCAAGAACCUGGUGCUGGACGAGAUGGUGAAGCAACUGAAGCUGAGUAGCGGGAAGCCGCAGCGUGCACCGGCCGAGCCGGCGGGCUGCCCCCAACACUUCAAGCCGCUCGACCUGUACUGCAGGGGGGAAGGCCGCCUCAUUUGCUCCGCCUGCUUCAUUGGGGAGCACCGGGGUCACGAGGUGGUGACGGUGGACGACGAGAGGGCCCAGCGGGAGAAAGAACUUAUGGCAAAACAUGAGGAAAUUGAGCGUCAAGAAAAGAAGACGGAAAUGCGGAUCAACACCCUGAAACAACAAAGCAUAUCUAUCAAGCUGAUCGCAAUGUUGGUUUGUUGCCAGGACUCAGUUUCUCGAGCGCAAACAAGUUACGUCAACAAGUUUAGUACGCUGGCAAGGGAGCUGGAAGAGAUGAAGGCCAAAGUGAUCGAGUACAUAGUGACCAAGGAGAAUAUCUCUCUGGAGCAGGUCAGCAGCACCUUGGCGAAACUGGAAGAGAGGUGCACUGAGCUGAGGAAUGCCAGGCUGAAGCUAGAGACCACACUGAAGAGCAAUGACCCUUGGAAGAUUUUGCAGUUCCCUCAAGAGAUUCACGCACUGAAAAAAAGUUCCCAGAACCUGGAAGAACCUAUUCCAGAGCUGGCAAUAGAGAACAAGCUGGACGCUGUGAAGAAGGAUUUGGAGGCGAUCUCCUUACUUAUCUCCAAGUGCCUCCAAGAUCUCUCCAGGCAAGCUCCAGAAUCAAGGAAAAUUCCAGAAUCCACGGGGAACAGCCAUUGUGUGUCAGUGAAACCUCCUGAACCUCGAGUACUCCCAUCUACUUCACACAUCAGGGAGCCAUUCCUCAAGAAUUACCGUCGGCUGCAAUUCAAUCCCAACUCUGCGCACCGAUAUCUCACUCUGUCCAAGGACAGAUGCAGGGUGUCUCACAGAGGGGCUCAGCACUACCCAGUGCACGUGGAGCGCUUUGAGAAAGAGUGGCAAGUGCUGUGUUGUGAGAGCUUUGACACAGGCCAGCACUACUGGGAGGUGGAGAUCAGCAGCGAGUGGGUCUACCUCGGCGUCGCCUAUAGUGACAUCGACAGGAAGGGCCCUGACACGCUCAUCGGCCGCAACAGCCUCUCCUGGUCCCUGCAGCUCUUCAGCAAGAGCUACUCUGCGUGGCAUGCCAACCGGGAGGUGAAGCUGCCACCCGCCAAAUACCAACGAGUCGGAGUGUACCUAGACUACAUGGCAGGGACUCUCUCCUUCUAUGGCAUCACCAACACCAUCACUCUGAUCCACACUUUCCGCUCCGUUUUCAUCCAGCCCCUCUACCCCGCAGUCUGGGUGGGUGAGAACGUCGUUGCCACACUUUGCCAGGAUGGUGCAGGGAGCUGACUUCAUACGGAAAUAGGAGUGAGGCUACUUGGCUACCCCACCAUCUGAUAUGACAAUGGCUUAUCUGCCCCAAGCCUAUUAGAUUCCUUCUUCAGCCUUUACCUCUUUCCCUGUCCCUUCCCAGCUUCUUACUUUAUCGCCCCCCCACCUGAUUCCACCUGUCACCUGCUAGCUUGUGCUCCUCCCUCUCCACACCCUCCCCCCCCACCCCACACACCUUUCUUAUUCUGGUUUCUGCCUCCUUCCUUUUCAGCCCUGCAUAGAGCAUAGAAUAGUACAGCACAGUACAGGUCCUUCGGCCCACAAUGCUGUGCUGACCCUUAAACCCUGCCUCCCAUAUACCCCCCCACCUUAACUUCCUCCAUAUUCCUCCUGAAGGAUCUCGACCCAAAACAUUAACUGUUUAUCUCCCUCCAUAGAUGCUGCCUGAUAUGCAGAUUUCCUCCAGCAUUCUGCGUGUUGCUCAAGAUUUCCAGAAUCUCUUGUGUUAAUGAUUUUUAGUUUCUCUUUUGUGCCACUCUCCCGAGAGACCUCAGUUUUCUGAUCUUUCACGUAUUUUUCUACCUUUUUGAAGAGAAGAACACAGAACAGCGUAAUACAGGUUCCUUUGGCCCAUGAUGCUUGUGCUAUCUAUAUAGACCUAUGCCAUGAUCAGUCUAACACUUCCUUCCUAUACAGCUCAACUGUCCAUUUUUCCUUCAUCCAUGUGCCUCUCUAAAGAGCUACUGUACUUAAAUGUCCCUGUUGUAUCAGCCUCUGACACCAACCCUGGCAUCUUGUACUCUGUGUGAAAAACCUACCUCUGACGUCUCCCCAAUCACUUUAAACAGAUGUCCUCUGGUUUGACACUACCACCCCGGGAGAAAGGUGCAGGCUGUCCACUUUACCUGUGCCUCUCAUAAUCUUCUACAUCUGUAUUAAGUCACCUCACAUUUUCCAUUGCUCCAAAUACUAGCAGUACUUCCAUCUUCAGAAACCGCAGAGGCAGUACAGAGUUUGCUCCUUUCUGGACACCUCUGUUUUAAAUAAUUGCCCCUUUGUUUGUGACUGUCCCUCUACAGCAGGAGUUCCGAACCUUUUUUCUAUGCCAUGGACCAAUACCAUUAAGCAAGGUGUCCUUGGAUCCCAGGUUGGGAACCCCUGCUCUAGAGGAACACUACAAAACAUACCCUUUGUUGCUCUUCAAGACCUCCUCAUACUUAAUUAUAUCACCCCUCAUUCAUCAAAACUUCAAAGAACACUUCCACUUUCUUUACUUGUAGGACAACCCACCCAUCCCAGGAAUUAGCCUAGUUAGUCUCUUCUAGACUGCCUCCAAUUCCACAUCCUCCCUUAAACGACCAGAACUGUGCAAAAAGUGUGAGUUGUGGCCUCACCUUUAGAAGCUGGGAUUUGUCUGAGGUAUAUUUUCUACGUGGUUGAUGGGAGGAGGAAAUCAGAAUCUUCCAGUAAGUGCAGGAACCAGCAAUUAACUUCAUAGAUAAAUGGAGGUCUUCAGAUUUGUAUGGAAUUAUUUUUUAAGGUAUUGAAAUGUUUGUUGAUUUUAAAAUACAUUUUUAUAGAUAGAAUUUGUGUUUUGGAAAAUGUUAUUUUGUACAAGUUUAAAAAAACUGGACCAAGAGGGUUUAACCAAUGUACUGGAGAGGGUUUGCAUUGGGGGUGUUGUUGUGGAUCAGGUUGGAGGAGUUCUUGUUUGACUCAGCUAUUCUGUACUUUGGAACUUAACACCAAAGUGAUGUUUUAAUUUCUGAUAAGGCUUUGCUGUUCCCUGUUCUAUAAGCAUCUAGAGGGAAGAGGAAAGUGGAACUUAAUCACAUUUUAAGAUCAACUCUGUGAGAGUGCAGAUCUUAGCUUCUGAGCGGAGAUGAAUCGGCUCUGUUUUUAAAAGUUGUAUGUGUUCAAGGAAAGAAAGGAAGUUACAAGAGUUUUUUAUUUUGUCUUCACUUUGAGGACGCUGGUGUGAUGAAGCAGUGAUCAAAGAUCCUCUUUAUUUGCAAUAUACAUUUUUAUAUCUAUUAGAAAUUUGCUGUGGUGGGUUGGUGAGCACAACAGAAAGCAACAACAUUCAACGAUUGUAAAGAAUAAAAAAUAGAGUGAGAUUAAAGUGCAGAUGCAGAACUGGUGCACACUAGGUCAUGUGUGUUGCAACUAUGCCGGGAGUGAGCCCUCUUACGAGAAAUCAGUAGGAAGAACAUCAAACAGAUCCGCACCUGUGCUGAUCAAAAGGAUUACCAAAUAUUUGCAGGAUUGACAUAGAAUAUACAACAGUAAAGCACAAGAACAGGCUACUCAGCCCACUAUAUCUGUGCUGAACAAUGCCAGAUUAAGCUCAUCCCUUCUGUCUGCAUAUGAACCAAAUCCCUCCAUCCACCUUGCUCUUAAAAUCCAUUUUCUCUCUUAAAAACCUCUUAAAUACCACUAUAAUAUCUGCUUGCGUAGUACCCCUGAUAGCCUGUUCAAAGCAUCUACCACUCUCUGCAUUUAAAAAUAAAACCUGCCCACAACAUCUGCCUUAAUAACUUUUCCCUUCUCACUUUAAAUGCUUGUCCUCUAGUAUUUGACACUUCUACCAUGGGAAAAAGACUCUGACUGCCUCCUUACCUGUGCCUCUUAUAAUUUUAUCAACUUUUAUCAGAUCUCUCAGCCUCCAAAGAACUGGUGAAAACAACCUAAGUUUGUGCAACCUUCUCCUUAUGGUUCAUGGCCUCUAAUCCAGUCAGAAUCCAGAUAAAUCUCUUCAGCAGUCUACCCAAAGCCUCCACAUCCUUCCUGUAAUGGGGCAACCAGAACUGUAUGCCAAAUGCAGCCGAACCAAUGUUUUACAGAGCUGUAACAGAGCGGCACUUGUACCCAGUACCCCAACCGAUGAAGGCAGGAGUGUUGUACAUCUCCUUUAACACCUUGUCGGCUUGUGUGGCUACUGUCGGAGGUCAGGACUUGCACCCCUAUAUAUAUCUCUCUCCCCCCGCCCACCACCUCUCUGUAUAUCAGUGCUGUUAAGGAUCCCACCGUUAACUGUGUACUUUCACCUUGUGUUUCACUGAUACAGAUUGAGUUAGGAAAGAUCCUAGCCUUUAGAAAUUUCCUGCACGCAUGCUGAGCUCGUUGACUUUAUUAACUUUGCCUCCAACUUUCACCCUGCCCUCAAGUUUACCUGGUCCAUUUCCGACACCUCCCUCCCCUUUCUAGAUCUUUCUGUCUCUAUCUCUGGAGACAGCUUAUCCACUGAUGUCUACUAUAAGCCUACUGACUCUCACAGCUAUCUGGACUAUUCCUCUUCUCACAAUUCCUCCGUCUCCACCGCAUCUGCUCUCAGGAUGAGGCUUUUCAUUCUAGGACGAGGGAGAUGUGUUCCUUUUUUAAAGAAAGGGGCUUCCCUUCCUCCACCAUCAACUCUGCUCUCAAACGCAUCUCCCCCAUUUCACGCACAUCUGCUCUCACUCCAUCUUCCUGCCACCCCACUAGGAAUAGGGUUCCCGUGGUCCUCACCUACCACCCCACCAGCCUCCGGGUCCAACAUAUUAUUCUCCGUAACUUCCGCCACCUCCAACGGGAUCCCACCACUAAGCACAUCUUUCCCUCCCCCCCUCUCUGCUUUCCGCAGAGAUCGCUCCCUACGCGACUCCCUUGUCCAUUCGUCCCCCCCAUUCCUCCCCACUGAUCUCCCUCCUGACACUUAUCCUUGUAAGCGGAACAAGUGCUACAUAUGCCCUUACACUUCCUCCCUUACCACCAUUCAGGGCCCCAGACAGUCUUUCCAGGUGAGGCGACACUUCACCUGUGAGUCGGCUGGGGUGAUAUACUGCGUCCGGUGCUCCCGAUGUGGCCUUCUAUAUAUUGGCGAGACCCGACGCAGACUGGGAGACCGCUUUGCUGAACACCUACGCUCUGUCCGCCAGAGAAAGCAGGAUCUCCCAGCGGCCACACAUUUUAAUUCUACAUCCCAUUCCCAUUCUGACAUGUCUAUCCACGGCCUCCUGUACUGUAAAGAUGAUGCCACACUCAGGUUGGAGGAACAACAUCUUAUAUUCCAUCUGGGUAGCCUCUAACCUGAUGGCAUGAAUAUUGACUUCUCUAACUUCCGCUAAUGCCCCACCUCCCCCUCGUACCCCAUCCGUUAUUUAUUUUUAUACACACAUUCUCUCUCGCUCCUUUUUCUCCCUCUGUCCCUCUGACUAUACCCCUUGCCCAUCCUCUGGGUUCUCCCCACCCCCCACCCCCUUGUCUUUCUCCCCGGACCUCCUGUCCCAUGAUCCUCUCAUAUCCCCUUUCCCAAUCACCUGUCCAGCUCUUGGCUCCAUCCCUCCCCCUCCUGUCUUCUCCUAUCAUUUUGGAUCUCCCCCUCCCACUUUCAAAUCUCUUUCUAACUCUUCCUUCAGUUAGUCCUGACAAAGGGUCUUGGCCUGAAACGUCGACUGUACCUCUUCCUAGAGAUGCUGCCUGGCCUGCUGCGUUCACCAGCAACUUUGAUGUGUGAUCUAGCCUUUACAUUGGUACUCAACAAUUAAGAGUUUUUAGAUUUCCUCUAAGGAGCUGUUUAGCAGAGAGAAGGGCAGGGUGAAAGGUGGUGAAGAAAUGAAAGUCAGCUUCAGCGAGGAAAUAGGGCUUUUGGACCUGUGUACACGCUAUUUCUGGGGGUGAUGCUCCCAUCUUCAUACUGUCUCAGCAGCAGUGCGUCACAGGUUGUGGUGGUUGGAAGGUGCGAUCUCUCAGCUCAGCCAUCAGCAGCAGUUCAGGCUCUGUACCCCCGCCUAAACUUCGGAUCCACAUCACUUCCAGUCCCUGAAGGUGUUAACUUCUGCAUAUUUGCUGGUUGAGAAUUUGCAUUCACAGCAUCUUGAGGCGAGGGGCACCUGCAUCAUACUCCCUGAGAAGUGAACAUUAGGCAGUGCGGGUGCUGAGGGUGAUGCUCUGUGCUCUUUGUGUGGAAGCUGGGUGAGUGUGACCGCAGAAGACUGUUGCCUCAUGUAGCUGUGACCACUGUCACAAGAUCUUCAUUGUCAAUAAGUCACAUAACAUUUAUUCCAAAGGUUCACUUCACCCACAGGUGGAAAAUUCAAAAUAAACUUAUUAUCAAAGUACAGAAAUGUCACCAUAUACAACCCUGAGAUUUAUUUUCUUGUGGGCAUAGUCAAUUAUAUAUAAUAAUUUCUUCAAUGGUUCGAUCGGGGCACGACUGCGCAAGCGGGUGGACGUCAGCCAGUGAGAACAGCAAGAAGAGUUUAAAAGGAGACAGCUUUAUAGAGCGGGUGACAGAGUAGGAAGGCUUUGGCUCAACAGGUCAAGGCGAGGUAGGUUAUCUGUGUAGAAUACAGACAGGAAGAAUGUGUGUGAGGCUCAUGUUCUGUGCUGGGUGUCAGAUGUGGGAAGUCCCGGAGACUCCCAGCCUCUCGGACGGCCACAUCUGUGCCAGGUGCAUCGAGCUGCAGCCCCUCAGGGACUGUGUUAGGGAACUGGAGAUGCAGUUUGAUGACUUUCGUCUGGUGAGGGAGAGUGUGGAGGUGAUAGAGAGGAGCUAUAGGCAGGUAGUCACACCGGGGCCUCAGGGACAGAUAAGUGGGUCACAGUCAAGAGAGGGAAGGGCAGGAGUCAGACACUAGAGAGCACCCCUGUGGCUGUCCCCCUUGACAAUAUGUACUCCUGUUUGAGUACUGUUGGGGGCACGGCCUACCUGGGGGAAGGAACAGUGGCCGUGCCUCUGGCACAUCCACUGGUCCUGUGGCUCAGAAGGGUAGGGAAGAGGAUGGCAUAAGUGAUAGGAGACUCUAUAGUUAGGGGGUCAGACAGCCAAUUCUGUGGACGCAGGAAGGAAGCACGGAUAGUAGUUUCCCUCCCAGGUGCCAGGGUCCGGGAUGUUUCUGAUUGUGUCCACUAUAUCCUGAAGUGGGAAGGAGAAUGGCCAGAGGUCGUGGAACAUAUUGGUACCAGGGACAUAGGCAGGAAAAGGGAGAAGGUCCUGAAAUCAGACUACAGGGAGUUGGGAAGCAGGACCACAAUAUGUAGUCAUCUCGGGAUUACUGCCUGUGCCACGUGACAGUGAGUAUAGGAAUAGAGUGAGGUGGAGGAUAAAUGCGUGGCUGAGGGAUUGGAGCAGGGGGCAGAGAUUCAGAUUUCUGGAUCACUGGGACCUCCUUUUGAGCAGGAGUGGCCUGUACAAAAGGACGGGUUGCACUUGAAUCCCAGGGGGACCAAUAUCCUGGCAGGGAGGUUUGCUAAGGCUAUUGGGGAGAGUUUAAACUAGGAUUGCUGGAGGGUGGGAACCAAACUGAAGAGACAGAGCAAUAGGUGGUUGGCUCACAAAUAGAGAAAGUUUGAACAGUGCGAGAGGGAGGAUAGGCAGGUGAUGGAGAAGGGACAUGCUCAGACUGAUGGUUUGAGGUGUGUCUAUUUUAAUGCAAGGAGUAGUAUGAACAAAGCAGAUGAGCUUAGAGCGUGGAUCAGUACUUGGAGCUAUGAUGUGGCCAUUUCAGAUACUUGGAUGGCUCAGGGGUAGGAAUGGUUACUUAGAGUGCCAGACUUUAGAUGUUUCAGAAAGGACAGGGAGGGAGGCAAAAGAGGUGGGGGUGUGGCACUGUUGAUCAGAGAUAGUGUCAUGGCCGCAGAAAAGGAGGAAGACAUGGAGGGAUUGUCUACGGAGUCUCUGUGGGUGGAAGUUAGGAACAGGAAGGGGUCAAUAACUCUACUGGGUGUUUUUUAUAGACCUCCCAAUAGUAACAGGGACAUCGAGGAGCAGAUAGGGAGACAGAUUAUGGAAAGGUGUAAUAAUAACAAGGUUGUCGUGGUGGGAGAUAUUAAUUUCACAAGGUGGAUUGGCAUGUCCUUAGAGCAAGGGAUUUAGAUGGGGUGGAGUUUGUUAGGUGAGUUCAGGAAGGUUUCUUAACACAAUAUGUAGAUAAGCCUCCAAGAGGAGAGGCUGUACUUGAUCUGGUAUUGGGAAAUGAACCUGGUCAGGCAUCAGGUCUCUCUGUGGGAGAGCAUUUUGGAGAUGGUGAUUACAAUUCUAUCUCCUUUACCACAGUACUGGAGAGGGAUAGGAACCGAUAAGUUAGGAAAUCGUUUAAUUGGAGUAAGGGAAAAUAUGAGGCUAUCAGGCAGAAACUUAGGAGCAUAAAUUGGGAAUAGAUGUUCUCAAGGAAAUGUACGGAAGAAAUGUGGCAAAUGUUCGGGGGUAUAUGUGUGGUGUUCUGCAUAGAUACAUUCCAAUGAGAUGGAAAGGAUGGUAGGGUACAGGAACUGUGGUGUACGAAGCCUCUUGGAAAUCUAAUCAAGAAGAAAACAGCUUACAAAAGGUUCGAAAAACUAGGUAAUGAUAGAUAUCUAGAAGAUUAUAAAGCUAGCAAGAAGGAGCUUAAGAAAGAAAUUAGGAGAGCCAGAAGUAGUCAUGAGAAGGCCUUGGUGGACGAGAUUAAGGAAAACCCAAAGGCAUUCUACAAGUAUGUGAAGAGCAAGAGGAUAAGAUGUGAGAGAAUAGGACCUAUCAAGUGUGACAGUGGAAAAGUGUGUACGGAGCCAGAGGAGAUACCAGAGGUACUUAAUGAGUACUUUGCUUCAGUAUCCACAAUGGAAAAGGAUCUUGGCAAUUGUCGGGAUGACUUACAGCGGACUGAAAAGCUUGAGCAUGUAGAUAUUAAGAGCGAGGGUGUGCUGGAGCUUCUGGAAAGCAUCAAGUUGGAUAAAUCACCAGGACCGGAUGAACAAUUACAGCACGGAAACAGGCCAACUCGGUCCUACUAGUCUGUGCCGAACUCUUACUCUCACCUGGUCCCACCGAGCUGCACUCAGCCCAUAAUCCUCCAUUCCUUUCCUGUCCAUAUAUCUAUCCAAUUUAACUUUAAACGACAACAUAGAACCUGCCUCAACCACUUCUGCUGGAAGCUCAUUCCACACAGCUACCACUGUCUGAGUAAGUUUGAAUCUCCCCCAUUCUCAAUGGAAAAAGCCUAUUCACAUCAACUCUAUCAAUCCCCCUCAUAAUUUUAAACACCUCUAUCAAGUCCCCCCUCAGCCUUCUAUGCUUCAAAGAAUAAAGACCUAACUUGUUCAACCUUUCUCUAGAACUUAGGAGAUGAAACCCAGGCAACAUUUUAGUAAACCACCUCUGUACUCUCUCAAUUUUAUUGACAUCUUUCCUAUAACUCGGUGACCAGAACUGUACACAAUACUCCAAAUUUGGCCUUACCAAUACCUUAUACAAUUCCAAUAUUACAUCCCAACUCCUAUACUCAAUGCUCUGAUUAAUAAAGGCCAGCUUACCAAAAGCUUUCUUCACCACCCUAUCCACAUGAGAUUCCACCUUCAGGGAACUAUGCACCAUUAUUCCUAGAUCCCUCUGUUCUACAGUAUUCUUCAAUGCCCUACCAUUUACCAUGUAUGUCCUAUUUUGAUUAGUCCUACCAAAAUGUAGCACCUCACAUUUUUCAGCAUUAAACUCCAUCUGCCAUCUUUCAGCCCACUCUUCUAACCGGCCUAAAUCUCUCUGCAAGCUUUGAAAACCUACUUCAUUAUCCACAACUCCACCUAUCUUAGUAUCAUCUGCAUACUUACUAAUCCAAUUUACCACCCCAUCAUCCAGAUCAUUAAUAUAUAUGACAAACAACAUUGGACCCAGUACAGAUCCCUGAGGCACACCGCUACACACCGUCCUCCAAGCUGACACACAGUUAUCCACAACUACUCUCUGGCCUCUCCCAUCUAGCCACUGCUGAAUCCAUUUUACUACAUUUUACUGAUCCAUGUUGACUGUUCCUAAUCAGACCCUGUCUAUCCAGAUAAUUAUAUAUACCAUCUCUAAGAAUACUUUCCAUCAAUUUACCCACCACUGACGUCAAACUCACAGGCUGCUAAUUGCCAGGUUUACUCUUAGAACCCUUUCAAACAAUGGAACCACAUGAGCAAUGCGCCAAUCCCCGUUUCUAAUGACAUUUGAAAUAUUGCUGUCGGAGCCCCUGCUAUUUCCACACUAACUUUCCUCAAGUUCCUAGGGAAUAUCCUGUCCGUACCCGGAGACUUAACCACUUUUAUAUUCCCUAAAAGUGCGAGUACUUCCUCUUCUUUAAUUGUCAUACUUUCCAUAACUACCCUUCUUGUUUCCUUUACCUUACACAAUUCAAUAUCCUUCUCCUUGGUGAAUACCGAAGAAAAGAAAUUGUUCAAAAUCUCCCCCAUCUCUUUUGGCUUCGCACAUAGCCAUCCACUCUGAUUCUCUAAGGGACCAAUUUUAUCCCUCAUUAUUCUUUUGCUAUUAAUAUAACUGUAGAAACCCUUGGGAUUUAUUUUCACCUUACUUGCCAAAGCAACCUUGUAUCUUCUUUUAGCUUUUCUAAUUUCUUUCUUAAGAUCAUUUUUACAUUUUUUAUAUUCCUCGAGCACCUCAUUAACUCUGUGAUGACAAACCAAGUUAUCAGAAGAUUGAUGCUAAUGAGAAAGAGAUAAGGGAGACAAUGGAGGAACGUUAAAAAUGUUAAUGAGAGAAAAGAGAGAUAACAGAAAAGAAACACAGUUCAGAAUAUUGUCAGACCGGUUGCUUUGAACCUGAACUGUUUGAAGUUUGAUGGACAGGCGAUACCCCAGCAGGGGGAUAAAAAGAACAGGUUCGCUAAGGCACGACACACACCACGAAAUCACGAGAUAACUAGACCCUGGAAGAGCGGUGUGCCCCCACAAGUUGGUGGAAGUUUGGAGGUCUGAUGGUGGGAACCGACCAUAGACGCACAGGGUGAAAAGGGUAUGAUCGGUGGGAACCUGGUGUGUGUGUCCGCCCUUGCCUGGGUCCCAGGUUCACUGCGGAAGAAUGGUCAUAUCUGGAAUGGAGGGGUCACAGUCGGUGACCACAGAAGACAGAAGCCCGAAAGCCAACUGCGAAGAACAUCAAAGGUCUGCUUGAAUCAAAAUUUGCAUUUCUCUCUCUCUCUCUCUCUCCAACGGCACAACAGCGAUUACUGAGAACUGUACUAAGCUGAACUGAACUCUGCAUCAUUUGAGACUGAUCAUUUUACCCCUAGACUGUGAUAGAGCUUGGUUGAUUCCUAUUACCCUAGUUCUGUGUACAUGUGUGUUUUAUCAUUGCUAGCCUGUUGCAUUUAUAUCCUUACAAUUCGAGUACUGUGUUACUUAUUUCUUUAAUAAAACUUUAUUAGUUUCCAGUAAUCCAGAGUCCAACUAGUGGUCCAU